AUGGCAACUCGCGCCAUCCGCAUUGGCUUCGUGCCCGAGCACUACCUCCUCCCGCUUCAUUUCUGCAACAAACACAACCUUUUCCCCUCGUCCCUCCAGAUCAACCUUGUCCCGUUCCCCUCGGGGACCGGCCACAUGAUCACGUCCCUUCGCUCCAAGGAGAUCGACCUAGCAAUUGGUUUAACCGAAGGCUGGGUCGCUGGACUUCUGAACCCCUCUGUCCAGGGCCAAUCGCUGCAAGAGAAGGGGUAUUCCAUUGUUGGGUCAUGGGUGUCGACUCCACUUCGAUGGGCUAUCGUCACGGGGAGAAACCGAGACGAUAUCUCGUCGGUGGAUGAUCUGAAACAACAUCGACGAGUGGGCGUCAGUAGGAUGGGCAGCGGGAGUCACAUCAUGGCCUUUGUUCUUGCGCAGCAGGAAGGAUGGCUUCAUCACACCAAGGAUCAAAAAUCAGAAGGGCUGACCCUCGUGCCGCUGGGUCCCUUUAAGGAUCUUCGCGACGGAGUCACUGGGAACAUCGCCGACUUCUUCAUGUGGGAGCAUUUCACUACUAAACCCUAUUUCCACGGGGAUGACACACCCUUGAAGAAGAUUGGAGAGAUCUAUACCCCCUGGCCUAGCUGGCAUAUUGCUGCUUCAAGUGACACAUUUCCUGACCCGCGCUCGGACGAGACCCUGAAGCAGGUUUUCGAUGCGCUGGACAAGGGAAUCAAAAUGUUUAACGAGGAUCCUGACGCUGGAAUUAAGAUGCUUGGGACAGGCGAGGCGGGUUGUCAUUAUUCUGAGGAGGACGGAAGGGAGUGGCUGGAGGACGUGAAGUUUGUGGAUGGGACGAGAGGGGUGGAUGCAGGGGUAAUGGGAGGAGUGGUAGAUGUCCUCAAGACGGCUAAUGUCAUUGACACCACUGUAGAGAUCCGAGAGGGUGAUGGAGUCAUUGGAAUUGCGAGGUAG